UUAUUUAACAAGAAGUCAAAUAAAGUGGCAUAAUGUUGCAGAAUACUAUUUGUAUAUUCCUAAUGUUGAGUGCCUUGACUUUCUUAUCUGAUGCAACUACACUUCCUCCAUCUAAAGAGGUCAAUAUAUUAAAUUCAAUAAGUUCUCAGUUGUCCGAAAUAAGAGCUGAACAGGGACAGGAACAUAAGAUUCUUCUAUCGGACAUGCAGUUAAUAAAAACGGAACUACUGAAAAAAGAUAGAAAUGUUGUGGUAUCGGAUAAUCAAUGUAGAGCAGACAUACAAACUCUGAGAACGGACUUCGACCUACAAAAAAAAGAUUUAAUUAAUAAGGAAGCGAAUAUUCUGACUUUACAAGCAGAGUUGGAAAACCAAAAGAAAAUUGUACUUGCCAAGGAGUCUAAUAUCCAAUUGCUUCAAAAUAUAAUUGAACAUCUUAGAACGGAGGAGGAGCGUAAUAGAAAGCUACUUCUCCCACACAAUUGUGCAGAAGCCAAGUCUAGUGGGAUUAAUGAAAUACUCCUCCCCAAAUUUAGUAGUCAACCUUUUAAAGUUGCCUGCGAUGCGGAAACCCAAGGAGGAGGUUGGACCAUUAUCCUGAGAAGGAUGGAUGGCAGUGUUAACUUUCAUCGAAACUGGACGGAAUAUAAAAAUGGAUUUGGUAAUCUAAAUGGCGAGUUCUUCAUGGGUUUAGAAAAGAUUCAUGAAAUAACGGCAGAAAGAAAUCAAGAGUUACUUGUUCUUCUCGAGGACUUCGAGGGCAAUAAAACGUUUGAGAAGUACGAUGUAUUCGCAAUUGGAAACGAGGAUCAACAAUAUGAAUUACACACUUUGGGAGAUGCCAGUGGAACUGCAGGUGAUUCAUUCUCACGUCAUCGUGGCAGCAAAUUUUCUACAUUCGAUCGGGAUAAUGAUGGUAGAUCGGAUACAAACUGCGCCGAACUAAAGGCUAGCGCCUGGUGGUACCGUUCCGGCGGUGCUUGUCAAUUCUGCCAAUUGACGGGAACAUACGGAAACAACGAAAUUGACAAAGGCGUCAAUUGGCUCUACUUUCGGGGAUCUGAAUACUCCCUGAAGAAGGCCGUUAUGAUGAUUCGGCCCAGAAAGUGUAUUCCUGAGUCUUAAAAGCAGUUUCUUUAUUAUAUGCAUAUUUUUUUAGAAAAUUUAAAUAAAAACCAUUGUAAUUCUCUGUA